AUGUUGAUUGUCAAAAAGCACUACCCAAACAAGGAUUAUGUCUUCAUCUUUGACAAUGCAACUAUUCAUACAAAGUUACCAGAAAGCACUCCCAACGUCAAUAAAAUGAUGCUUGGUCCAUUGCAGAAGGUGGGAGGAGAGGAAGAGAGGGCCUCAAGUGAAAAGGUCAAAAUCAGUUAUGCACCUGCAAUCCUGCCAGACAGAACAACACAGCAGCUAUACCACCCCUUGGACCAUCCAAACAAAAAGCUCCAAGGCACAUUUAAAGUUUGUCCCAUUGGGAACACUCCAGCAAUUUUAGGCAUGACCUGGUUAACAGCAGAAGUGCCCCUCAUAGAUUGGCAGCAAGGAUCAAUCACCUUCCCCAAACAGAUCCAGAUUACUUCCAAGGAAGAAGCUGAUUUGGACCCUCUCUCAGACCUACCUCACCAGUACCACAAGUUCUCCAGGGUUUUUGGGGAAGAAGAAUUCAAGGUCUUGCCACCCCACAGAGAGUACCACAUAGCUAUAGAUCCCUUACCCAAUGCAAAGCUCUCCCCUGGUCCUAUCUAUGGCAUGAUGGAUGCAGAAUCCAAAGCACUCCAGCAACAUACAGAGGAAGAACUGGCCACAGGCAAAAUUAGGCCCAGUACUUCAUCUGCAGGAGCUCCAGUCAUGCUUGUGAAGAAGGCAGAUGGUUCCCUGCAAUUAGCAGUUGAUUAUACACUGAGCAGCAAAAGUAUUGCAGGUCAGGAGAGGUCAAAAGUUUAUCUCCAUUGCUGA